UUGAUUUACUCUGAAACUGUUUCAUCUUUCUGUGAGUUUUCGUCUCUCAUAGUAUGUUAUCGAAAUUGUAACUUUUUUUGGAGAUUAGCGUUUGUUGCUUCCAACAGUGAUGUUAUUGUCGUGGAUGUAGAAACUGGUCGUCGUAAGCAGCUGCUUGCCCACUGUGCCAAAGUUGUCAGCCUUCAUUUCACUUUUUCUAAUAAGUUGACGACUUAUACAAGUGAUGGUAUAGAAUGUGUUUGGUGUGCUAGCACGUUCUUACCUCUACAUAGUCGUAAGCUAAACUGUGUGCCUUUUGGUGUUUGGAACAGUAAUAAAGCAACAUUGGUUGUAACUAAAAAUCAAGAUAAAAAAUUUAUCAUUUCAAAGAUUAAUGAAAGCGAAGAAACUUUACAAAAACAAGAAAUCCUGCAAACUAAACCUCAUGACGUUGUUGGAUUUUCUGAAUUUGCUGUAACGGAUGAUUAUUUUGUAUGCUGUGAAAAACUGUUUGUAUAUCUCUACGUUUUCGGUGUUAAUGGAGUAAAGCGUUUCAAAUAUACUGGUAAAGCUGAAUUCAUGGAUUUUUCAUUAGUAAGAUUCACAAAUAUUGCGGCUUGUGGUAAUACAGUGGCGGCAGCAAUUUCCUUUGGCCGAGUUUUUAUAUGGAACAAUGUCUGCCGAAAAGGUAUUGGCAUUUUCAGUCAUUCAGUGCAUUGGCAUAAAUGGGCUCCAUAUUUAGCUCUUACCAAAUUUAAUAAUCUACUAUCUGGUGGUGAUGAAGGCGUAUUGGCGAAGUUUACUCUUUCUGAUUCGAAAUCUAUUGCUAAACCUCAGGUGCUACCACGAUUGCAGGCCCCUAUUCGGAGACUGCAACUUUCUGCAGAUGACUCUGUCGUGGCUGUUGUUUUAGCUGACAAUUCAGUUCACUUUAUUUCAAACUCAGCUCUUAAUGUUUUUUCUUCCAUGGAAUCUAUUCUGUAUUCUUUUAAAAGGUCGGGAUUUCCACUUACUGAUGAUCCUCUUUAUAAAAAUUACGUUAUCCACAGUGCUCGUCCUGGUUUCAUACAAUGGAUUGAUCCGCACUGUAUGAUCACUGUUAAAACGGCAGAUAUAUCUCGAGAAAAUCCAGUGGAAGGAGAAAACAUAUUUUCCGAUACUAACGGUUAUACAGAUGUAUGUGAGAUAGCAUUUUCACGGAAAAUGGUGUUAUCCGCAGACUGCAGUAUUGGUUUUGAUAUACCUAACAAUCGUUUGCAAUUUUGGCGUCGGAAUAGAAAGUUAGGAUCGCUAGCUCUAGAAUAUUACGAAUCAUAUUGUGACGACGUUAUUAAAUUUAUACGGGCAUGUCUGGAUUAUGAUAUGUUCAUCACGAUUGAUAAUAAAGGAGUUAUGGUCAAGUGGGAAAGAGUUGAAGGAGAUGAAAGAAAGUGGUGUAAGGGAGAUUCAAUUCAUUGGAUGGACGUUCCUGUUCUGCAUGUUUCGAAAAUAAGACAAUCACACUUUGCUGCAGUUCACAGUAUAACUCAAGACAGUAAUGGAGUGUUAGUACUCUGGAGUGCAGAACAGCACGAACCUUUCCGUUCAGUACAUGUUCAUCAAGGUGACGGAAAAAUUAAAUCAGUGGAAUGGGGUCCAUCGAGUAAUCCUAAUCUAUUAAUUGUAUCUUCUACAAAUUUUAUCUAUGCCUUCAACGUAUCUACGCUUGCUUCGGUUUGGAUCGUAUGUGAACCGAAUUUAAAACUUGCAAUCAGCUCACAGUUUAUUGUGGCAUACCAUGAAAAUGUUGUUUCUGUUAUCGAUACGUCUUCUGGCACUUUGUUGUGCCAGAAGAAGUUGAAUUCACCCCCAAUCAGUGUAAUCAGUAUAGAAGAAGAUGAAUCGUUUACAAUAAUUGCAGCUUACGAAAAAGGCUAUGGAGUGAUAGCAAAAUCAGAAAUAAUACAAGAAGCUCAAAAGCAACUUUUCUCGAGAGACACUGUAGUGAAAAAAACACCAUUCACAGAUUUGGUAACUAUUGGCUGUGAAGGAAUCAAAAAUAAUGUUCGAGUUGAAACAACACCGGAUGUGGAUAUUUUUUCUGGCCCAGCAUAUGCCCUUGCACCUAUGUCCUAUUUGGCUCAGAAAUUUAUUCAUUCAUGUUUUUUACCUCCUGAGCGAUGUGAUACUUGA